UUGGUAAUCACUCGGCCUGGAAGUGGAAUGCAAAUCAGUAAUGAAAAAUGUAAACACAAAAUGCCUAAAUGUUAUAAAAUUGUGAUUUUAGGCUGUAAAAAAGUUGGGAAAACUGCGAUCAUUGAGCAGUUAGUUCAUGGACAUCAUAAGAUAGGCUCUAGUUUGCAUCCCACAAUAGAAGAUAUUUAUGAGGUGUUAAUAGAAAAUGAACAAAAUGUCAAGGAAAAAGUUAGAAUUUUUGAUACCGCUGGACUUGAGGAGUCUGGUACUUCUGAAUUAAGCAAACAUGUUCCAAUAGCUGAUGGUUUUAUCCUUGUAUAUAGCAUCGCAUCAAAGCUUACUUUAGAUGUAGUUGAAAAUGUUAAAAAAGAAAUUGAGAAGAAGGGAAAAGAGUGUCCACUGGUUGUCUUAGGAACCAAAACAGACUUAUUGGAGCAAAGAGAAUGUGAUUACAAAUCGGCAAUGAAAUGGGCUGAGACAGAAAAAGUCAAACUGUAUGAGAUAUGUGUUGGGGAUAGACAAGCAUUAAAAGAACCUCUUGUUUGGCUUGUAUCAAGAAUGGGUUGCCAAACAGGUAAAGGUUAUCUAACAACAGGUAAAUCAGAUGUCAAGAAAUUUCUUUCAAAGAAAAGAGCUGGAAGCAGUAAAUCAUUGGCAAAAGAAAACAGUGUUAGCGAUUAAACAAUGAAGUCAAUCAUUUCUUCAAAUUAUCCAUUAUUAAAGCUAUGAGCAUGGUUAAUUUAAAUUUUCUACCUGGCUCUAUUGCUAGCAUAGUUUUUAAUAGACAAAUUGAAAAUGCAAACAUUUUACAAAGAUAAAUACAAAAAGUAUGGACUCUAUUAAUAACAGUUUUCACUCCUGAAGAAAAGUUUGACAACAUGCAUCUAGGUAUUACAUGCACUUUUGUGAAGUACAUUUGUGACCUGAAUCUGAUUUUUGGCCGCAGACGAAACAUAUCUCAUCUGUUUUGCCUUGAUCAAUGUGGGCCAGGGGUGCAAAUAAGAUGUGUAUAUGGUAAGCAUUCUUUUUCUAUAUUUCAUAAAUGACCCAGCAUAAAAAUAGGAUGAAUAGUAAAAUUCAGGGCAGUCCAUUGUG